AAGUGCUGCAAUCGAGUCCUCUAGCUGCCUAUCGCUUUUGCCUAAAUCUGCAUUCCCCCGCUGAAUUUCGUUUCUUAAUGAUGAGCUUUCCACGCAUGUUGCCACUGUGCCUUAGCGUGCUUAUGAUCCUGCCGCAUCCCCUCCAGUCGCUGGAGCCCCUGUCCAUGGGUGUCAUUGGCGGCGCCGUGGCCAUGGGGAUGUACUUCAAAGAAUAUACAUAUUGCCGGUUUUCCGAGUGCUGCGAUGACCGGAGCAUUCCGGCGAGAAUAGAUGAAUUAGAAAAAUCCCUGGAACGCACCCUCAUUGGCCAGCACAUCGUGAGGCAGCAUAUUGUCCCCGCACUGAAGGCGCACAUCGCUUCCAGCGAUAAGUCGCGGAAACCGCUGGUGAUCAGCUUUCACGGCCAGCCCGGUACGGGUAAGAAUUUUGUGGCGGAUCAAAUUGCGAAUGCUUUGUAUUUGAAGGGUUCCAAGUCGAACUAUGUCACCAAGUAUCUCGGACAGGCGGACUUUCCCAACGAGAGUCAGGUGGAUAGCUAUAAGGCGAAAAUCAGUUUGGAGGUGCGACAGACCUUGCGCAGCUGUCCGAGAUCUUUGUUCAUCUUCGACGAGGUGGAUAAAAUGCCCAGCGGAGUCUUCGACGCGCUCACCUCGCUUGUGGACUACAACGCCUUUGUCGAUGGCACGGAUAACACAAAGGCCAUCUUCAUCUUCCUCUCGAACACGGCGGGCAGUCAUAUAGCCGGUCAUCUGGGUGGUAUGAUGAAGAAUGGUAGGCUGCGCGAGGACACGCGACUGAGUGAUUUUGAGCCCCUUUUGCGGAAGGCCGCCUAUAACAUGGAUGGCGGUAUGAAAAAGACCACCAUGAUUGAGUCCCUUGUUAUCGAUCACUUCAUUCCGUUCCUACCGAUGGAGAAGGCGCAUGUGAUCAAGUGCCUGGAGGCGGAGUUUGUUAGGUGGUUCCGCGAUCCUACGCAACCGAAUGCCCAAGAAAUCAUCGAUGACAUCAUAAACUCCUCCAUUAGUUACGAUCGCACGCACAGCUUGUUCGCCAUAUCGGGCUGCAAGACGCUGGAGAAGAAGGUGGCUAUGGCCAUUCAUUGAGAAAGAGCCGACCGACUCCACAUUAUAAUGCUUUGUUUAGGUUGCGGUUUGUAUUCAAUAAACUAUUUUUACGGAAAAA